AUGCCCGGCCUUAAUUCAAAUUUGGUAAGUCAUACGCUAAAUAUUGAGCUCGGUACAAGACCUGUUGUACAACCAAGAAGGAAUUUUCAUCCUGAAAUUGAGAAGCAAAUCAAGGUGGAAAUUGAAAAACUGUUAGCUGAUGGAUUCAUCAAGCCAAUCAAACACCCGACGUGGCUAGCAAAUAUUGUGCCUGUGAAGAAGAAAACUGGGGUAAUCAGGAUAUGCACAGACUACCGUGAUCUCAAUCGAGCUUGCUCAAAUGAUGAAUUCCCGCUACCCAACAUGGAUAUCUUGAUCGAUUCAACCUUAGGUCAAGGCUUAUUGUCAUUCAUGGAUGUGUUCAGUGGCUAUAAUCAAAUCAAGAUGUCACCCAAGGAUGCUAAGAAGACAGCCUUUCGAACGCCCUAUGAAAAUUUCUACUACGAGGUCAUGUCGUUCGGUCUCAAGAAUGCCGGUGCUACCUACCAACGGGCCAUGAUGGCAGUGUUUCAUGAUAUGAUGGGAAAAGAGGUGGAAGACUACGUGGAUGAUCUUGUAGUAAAAUCCAAAACCAGAGGAAGUCAUUAG